AUGAGGUGAAUUGCAUUAAUCUAAAGUACUGCAGAGAUGAAACUUAAAGCAGGAAGCAACAUACCAUGAGUGUACUGGAAGGGAACACAUUUGUGUCAUGUGAAGAGACAUGACAAAAACAGCCCUUCUUAAAUUAUUUGUGGCAAUAGUGAUCACAUUCAUUUUAAUUUUGCCGGAAUAUUUCAAGAUACCGAAAGAAAGAACAUUGGAGCUAUCAUGUCUGGAAGUGUGUUUACAAUCUAAUUUUACCUAUUCACUCUCCUCCUUAAACUUUUCUUUUGUGACUUUUCUGCAAUCAGUAAGGGAAACUCAAAUUAUCAUGAGAAUCUUUCUAAAUCCCUCUCAUUUUCAUAACUUCACCAGGACUUGCCAAGACAUCACAGGUGAAUUUAAAAUGUGCUCCUUGUGUUUGGUUUGUGAGUCUCAAGGAAACAUGGAUUUUAUUUCUCAGGAACAAACAUCAAAAGUUCUUAUCAGGAGAGGAUCAAUGGAAGUGAAAGCAAAUGAUUUUCAUUCACCUUGUCAGCACUUUAACUUCACUGUAGCUCCUCUGGUUGACCACUUGGAGGAAUAUAGCACUACCUGUCAUCUAAAAAACCACACUGGAAGAUCAGCAAUCAUGGAGGAUGAGCCAAGCAAGGGGAAAUCUAUAAACCAUACUUGUAGAAUCAUGGAAUACCCGAACGAUUGUAUACACAUUUCUUUGCACCUAGAGAUGGAUGUAAAAAAUAUCACUUGUUCCAUGAAGAUCACUUGGUAUAUUUUAGUUCUAUUAGUUUUUAUGUUUUUGAUCAUCCUCACUAUCCGCAAAAUACUUGAAGGCCACAGAAGAGUGCAGAAGUGGCAGAGUCAUAGAGACAAAUCUACAUCUGUUCUCUUAAGAGGAAGUGAUUCGGAGAAACUGAGAGCAUUGAAUGUGCAGGUUAUUUCAGCAGAGACCACGCAGAGGCUGCCUUUGGAUGAAGUCCAGGAAGUGCUUCCCCCAAUACCAGAACUAUAAGUUACUUCCGCAGUGUAUCCGUGAGAUCAAUAUACACGAAUAUCCCUGGGCACCUUGGACUGAGCCCUUUGAAGAAUACUCAUAAUUUUAUUUUGUGAAUGAGUAGACUGGAAAAUGUUUGGGUCCAGCUGAGGAUGCACAGUUGGAAAGCAGGAGGAAUGCUGACUGGUUGAUGAAAACUAGCUUAAGAGCAUUCAUUUGACCCAUGAGAUCAAGGGAACAAGAGUAUUUGCAAGAAGCCAUUAUGAGUCAUGGAAAACAAGAUGAUGAAACCCAUGGAAACAGCAAGAGAAUUCCUACUCUUUCUCUUCUUAAAAAAAUCUAUCACAUACAGCACAGAAUGGAGUCAAGAUUUUAAUUUUGAGGAACCAAAA